AUGGAGGAAGAGGCGAAAGAGGCGGAAUUUGAGAGGCGCUUAAACCAGCGUACUUUUGUGAAGGCGGGCUCAAGCGCAUCCAAGGUCCGUAAGGCUGGCACAUCUGUGCCAACGGACUCUGAGGCGUCGGCGUCUGAGGCGCCGGCUCCGAGAGAUCCGGCCGAGCUGACGGCCGAUGAAUUAAGGGCGCUCGCCAGCAGCAGCGUGGCAGCAGUGUACGAGGUGGCCCAGAAAUCGGGCAAUUUAAAGGGCACAAUGGUCAAGAUGCUCAAGGAGUCUGCCGCCACGCUGCAAAAGGUGGUGGAAGCCCUAGCGGGGCGCACGGUGGGCGGAGGAGGUCCACCACCUCCAGAAGGACAACGCUCGCCUUCGUCG